AUGGAGCACGUAAGCAAAAGCGUCACCCUCGUCGAGCUCAAACGCUCUCUCGUUCCCCCGAAAUGGGAGGAUACCGUGCGUGUUAUUGGCAUGUCGGAGUGCAAGGAGGCCGGCCUCUCGCUGGCCCAUGCCUUUGCUGCUGAUGAACUUAGCCAGUACCUCCUCGACGCCGAUGACAUGGCCAGCUACUCGGCAGAACACAAGUGGAAGCUGCAUGUCGACAUCAUGACUUACAUCACAGCCUCUCACUGUUACGAUGGACUUGUCACUACCAUAGGUCCCGACCACGACGGCGUCGCUCUCUGGAUGCCUCCCGGAUCGGUCGACAAUGGUUGGCUGACUAUCCUCCGAAGUGGUAUGUGGCGGCUCUACUACCAGCUCACCGCGGAAGGCAGGAGUCGUUACUAUGACGAGUUAAUGCCACUGCUACACGACACGAAGCAUGAGGUCAUGGGCGAGCGGGACAAUGACUGUUACUAUCUGGUCUAUUUAGGGACCAAGCCAAGUGCCCGAGGCAGGGGGUAUGCGCGGAAGUUGCUUAACGACAUGAUUGAGAGGGCCGACGCGGAAAACCGCGCCGUGUACCUUGAGUCGAGCUCCCUCUCGAACAAUGUCUACUACAGCAAGUUCGGCUUCGAGUACAAGCGUGAGAUCCGCUUGACCCGUGGAAACACCCCCGUCAGCCUAUUCGUCAUGGUCCGCGAACCGAUCCCCCGCAAAACGGGGGUCUACUCGGCCGUCGUGGCUAGCAACAUCAAGAUGCAAGUCAACACGGUCAUGAAGGAAGUGUCACUGGUGUGA